AUGGGGAACGCGCUGGGGUGCGCCGGGCUGGGCGAGCGGCUGGCGGCGGCGGCGCGGGACGGCGACGCGGCGGAGGUGCGGCGGCUGCUGGCGGCGGACCCGGGGCUCGCGCGCUGCACGGCCACCUUCGGCAACCUCAGCUCGCCGCUCCACCUCGCCGCCACCAAGGGCCACCACGAGAUCGCGGCGCUGCUGCUGGAGAAGGGGGCCGACGCGAACGCGAGGAACGUCUACGGACAGACGCCGUUGAUGCAGGCGUGCCGCUCAGGGCACUGGGAGGUGGUUCAGACGCUGCUGGCCUUCAGAUGCAACGUGUGGAAGGCGGACGGGCUGACCGGCCGCACGGCGCUGCACGCGGCGGCGGCGGGCGGGCACGUGCACCUGCUGGUCGACGAGCGGGCGUCCCUGGACGCGCAGACGCUGCCCUGCGCCGCGGCGCCCAUGGCGGCCAUCGGCGCCGGGAGCACGCCGCUGCACUACGCGGCGUCCGGCGGCGAGGUCCGCUGCUGCCAGGUGCUCGUGUCCCGCGGCGCCGACCGCAUGGCCGCCAACUGCAACGGCUGGCUCGCCGUGGACGUGGCCCGGAUGUGGAAGUGCCACUGGCUGGAGCACGUGCUGGCGCCCAAGUCGCAGCUCCCCGUCCCCAAGUUCCCGCCCUCGGCAUACCUCUCCCUCCCGCUCCCCUCCCUCCUCGCCGUCGCCAGGGACUACGCCGCCGCGCCGGAAUCCUUCGCCGCCGCCGUCGCCGGCAACGACGACGACGCCUGCUCCGUCUGCCUCGAGAGACCCUGCAACGUCGCCGCCGAAGUGUGCGGGCACGAGCUGUGCCUCAAGUGCGCGAUGGACCUGUGCACGGUGAUGAAGGCGUACGAGGUGCCGGGGCUAGCCGGCACCGUGCCGUGCCCGCUCUGCCGGAGCGGCAUCGCCUCCUUCAGGAAGGCCGUCGCCGCGGCCACCGCGCCGCCCGAGGACGACCACCAGAGCAUGAGCGGCGGCAGCCUGCCCUGCGCGUGCGCGCGCUGCCAGGACCGGCACGGCAGCCCGGGGGAGGAGGAGGAGGAGAAGAGCACAUGCCGGUCGUCCGGGCGCCGGAGCUACGGCGGCGGCGGGUUGGACGACCCGGAGGCCGCCAUAGCUCCCUUAUACUGCGCCCCGUUCACCGGCCCCUCCGCCAUCUUGUCCUGA